AUGUACAAACCGCUCAGUUCAGUCCGUAUAGGAUCUAAUAUCAUCUCUGUCCUUUGCCUGUUCGGGAUUUAUAUGACCUCAAUUUUGGGAACACAUUCAACACCAAACGAAGGAGGCCGUACUUCAGCCGACCGUACAGCACGGAGUCUGACUCAUGCACCUGCUUUGAAUUAUGAAAUUCAAGAAGAAUCUCCAAGAGCCACAUUUGUCGGUAAUGUGGGUCGUGAUAUUUUGGAUUUGAUUUCCACCAGUUCGUCCGGUCGUUCUGGGAGUCCCACCCAAUCGGAUCAAAUUGAUCUGACAAUCACCAAUUGGCGUGAUCGUGCUGUACAACUAUUUCUACUGGAUCCAGCUUCCGGACAACUCCGUUUAGCCUCCCCACCUGACCGCGAGGUCCUGUGUCCGGCCUCAGGAAAUAGCAAUGGUAAUUUCCAGCCAACGUAUCUACACUCCUCACACGAUUCAGAGAAGGCAACCUAUUCAAAUGAUGACUAUACGGUGAUCCGUGGACAAGUGAACCCAUCACACCCGUGCUAUGUGGAUAUAAAGAUUGCUUAUACCUUACGUCACACCAAAGCAACGACAUCCGAUGCAGUUGUUGUGGAUCCGCGAACCACGACAAAUGACCCAGGAUUGAUCACAGUACGGAUUCGAGUGCUGGAUAUUAACGAUCACACUCCGGUGUUUCCACAAUCCCGAGUCAGCAGCGAAUUGGGUGAACUGAGUGCACUGCCCGAGAAGACUGUGAUCGAUCUACCCACCGCAUUUGACCCGGAUGCUGGUGAGAAUGGCACAAUCAGCUAUUGGGUUGUGGAACGGGCCAUGAGCUCCAGCUCAUUGGGUAGAUCAUUUGAAACGGCCGCAUCAAACAAACUGGAUACAGGGUCGGGGGAAUUAGAUAUUCCAUUUCGACUGGCCGGAGAUCCGCUUCGCCUUAUUCUCACGCGAAAUUUGGACUGGGAAACCAAACGGGAAUACGAUUUGAUCGUGUACGCCAAAGAUUACGGUCGACCCCAAUCCCUAACGGGUCAUUUGAACGUGCAUGUAACCGUACGAGAUGAAAAUGACAAUGUACCCCAGUUCUCACAGAACAGCUACAUGGCUGUGAUCAACGAGAGCGUGCUUCGUGGCACAAUUAUCAUGGAAUUGACAGCCAGUGAUGCGGAUAGUACAACCAACGGACAAGUGAGUGCGCUGAAAAUGUGA